AUGGUCGUGGCAAAAGAUCUUGAGGAUGGAUUCGAUUUGGAUAAAAUCGAUGCCGAAAUUAAAAUUGAAAAGAUUCGUCAGACAGCAUCGAAAUUGUCUUGGGAUGGUUUCCAGCAAGCUCUGCGACGGAACCUUAUGGAAAAACGGUUCGUUUUCGAUACUGAGGGACGAAUUGAUUUAAUCCAAGCAAUAUCCACAAUCAGGCGUAAUUUGCCAGUUGACAAAAACGCGGAAUUACCAGUGAGGUUGAAGCAGCUUUCCGACAGUUUAGAAUGUGUUCUGACUUUACAACAAGGUGUAGCCCUCAUGAAAAACUAUGAUAUUACUAUAGAGUUUACCUUCGAUGGUGAUGAAGUAACCUCGUGUAAAAUUGGAUAUUUUGGCAAGCCUGCAGUUGUUUGCGACGAUGCUGUUCAAUUGAUAAGAAGUGGAGAUUAUGGAAAAUUGCGUGGGAACAUUUUUUCUGUAUUGGCAACGAUACCAAGCAAUAUCACAGCUGCCGAGAAGAACAUUUGUGUUACUGCUCUCGAUACAUUCGAAGGCUUCCUCUCAGCCUCCUGUGGUGUGAGUCCGUCAUUUGAAACCAUUGGAACUCUCCCAUAUGGAUUUUUGCUGUAUCGUACGCCACUACGACCGGCAAAAAUAUUUUAUACUGUCGAGCCAAGCUAUGUUGUUGCCAAGAAAAAACCUCAGUUGGAACUUUCAGACUUCGACAAUCUUGACCAUAUGGAGUUAUCGAUAGUUAGCCUUGAUAAGGAAAUACAGCUCCCAGCAGGAGAUUCACGCUAUGGUAUGUGGCGGCGUUUGGAACGCCAUUUGGCAAGACCUGCCGCUGUGAAGGAAAACGUCAACUUGUACCGAUACAUGAGUGGUUUCAAAUUUGAGAUAGUGUCUAUCGUUCGAGCCCAAGCAAUACACAACAGCCUCUGGGAGUCGCUGUUAGCGAUGACUAGUGGGAAAUGGAAGGAAGGACAGCCUCAUGUUGACAUUCGUAUCGUACCUUCAGCAGCUCGAUACGAACUUUCAUUUUGUGUAGCUAAUAAAAUGUACCUAGUUCGUAUUGAACUGACUCGCGAAUUUGAAUGGAUUGGUAGCGUCGAGGAUUCGAAUGGUGUCCCCGUGCGUGUCGACCUUAAUUCUAUGCUUACGACAAGGAUCAACAAGACUCGUUCUAUUCCUGUUUCGAUGGUACGAGUGCUUAAAGAGCUGGGAUGUGAAGAUGUCCGCAGUGACGAAAUAAGUGCAGAACAAACUGCUAUGGAAGUGGAUAAUGAAUCAUGUGUAUCAGGCAUGGAUAAAGUUGGCACUGCUUGGUUGCCAUUGUUGAACAGAAGCAAAGAUUCAAAGAAACCACUUCGAGCAUGUGUGCCUGAAUUCACCUUCGAGGUGCAUUCUGUGCCAUUAGCUACACCGGGUGGACUUCUUGCUUCUUACAAAGAGAUAACAACUGAGAGCGGUACUCGCCCACCAGCUGCUGCCCGAGCAGAAGCUCGUACUCAGCGUGUUCAAUCUGAUACAGCUCUCGCGAUAUCAGACCUGAUUGGUAAUUCAUUUGAUGUAGUAUUCAAAUACAAAGCCUCGAAAUUGAUGAGCAUCAAACGUCAUCUUGUUCGUAACGUCCUGACGGUGCCUGAACCGGUUGAGUGUAAUAUACAAACCUUGCAGGAGGCGAUAUGUCAGUUAGCUGACGGCAUGGAUGAUGAUAACAAAACACCGACGCCAUUACUAUCGAAUCGACACUCAACCAGUCCAGCACCGUCACGUCCAACCGGAUGUGUCAGUGGAAGCGGUCCGGGCAGUGGUGUACCACAGUUAAGCCCUCUGGAAACGGCUCGAUUGAAAAUGACGCACAGUGUCGGUGCGGCAGCGGCCGUUGGACUUGCAUCCGCCACUCCGGAUGUUUUUGAGUUCGCCGACGAUCGUUCCGUAGGUAGCGGAUCGGCCUAUCCUUCACCAUCGCCCCAGUACACUCCAUUUGCGUACGGAGCCGUCGGAAGCCCGAUUUCUGGACAGUCUAUGAGAGGAACCGUAACCAAGCGACGUCCACGAGCUCGAAAAACUGCCAACAUGGGAGAUCGAAUGGGCGAUCUACAACAGACAAUGGGGAAGGAUCCUGCCUUGGCCGGCAUUCCAACUCGAAAGCCUCGCGGAAAAACUGGAGUACGUCGUCCGCGUGGCUCUCGUAAGGCGGCGUUAGCAAUGUCGCAUGCCGAACUGGAAAUGCAGCAGCGAGUGCCACCUCCAUUGCAGAGAUCGUACAGUGACUUUGAACAAAUGUCUAAUCCAGGUAUGCUUGGAGUAUCAACGUCUCCUUAUGUUGAUACCGAAUCGGAUGACGAAUGUGAUCCUCCACCACCGCCGAAAUCAUUGGGCAUGUUUCCAUCGCGUUCGCCUGUGACAAAUCAAGUUGCAACGACUUCAGCUACGAACAGUCCUUCACAUUCAAUGAGUCCUCUGUGUGCUCCUGUUGGUACUCCGUCAUCCUCUACACUUCCUCCCCCAUCUCCACUCGCAGCGGCUUCACCAUCAGUAAGCCAGCCUGCUCCUCUGCCUUCGCCGCGAUCGUCUCAACCGAGGAAGACCAGUCUUGAUGCGGUAGUAGGGAGGCUAAAAACGUCUGCGCCAUCUCAAGCUACACCUCCCCCGAAGAGAAGUGUUUUCAACGAUCUCUAUGACGAUGGAACAGAGUCUCCUCCGCCACCUGAAGAACGCAUAUCGGCUGCAUCAACGGUAGCUUCAACCCCUCUUUCAAGCACAUCCGUCAGUGCAUCGCCUUUACAGUCUGUCACAGUCACUGCCCAGGCAAGCACCUCUUCCCCACGAAUUUCCUCGGAAUCAGGACGGGAUCAGGCACCAUCAGCUGAGGGAUCUCAGAACACUACACCCACUGUCAAGAUUGAAGGCGCCAGCAAGCUGAUAUUAAAGAUUCCCAAAGUACCUUCACGUGCAUCCCCUUCAGUUGAUGCGCAGAAGACUAAGUCCAUACCUAUGCAAGCGAUGCCGAAACUUGAGAAACAAGAAAAGAAACGAGAUAAAGAGAAGAAGGAAGGGCAUAAGGAAAGGUCUAAAGAUAAAUCAGAUGAAUCUCGACGGCAGAAGAGAAAGGCUGAGGGAAAAGAAAAGGAUCGCGAGCAUAAGAGGCACAAGUCGUCGAAUGCAGCUUCAACUUUUGACAUCAAUGCAAGUGGUAGUACAGCUGCUGGUAAUUCUUCUUCAAAAACUACCCCUACUGCGCCACUGCCAUUUGGUUUCGUUGGAAGUUUGAAGAAUUUUAAAAUCCCAAAGCGCGAAGAAGUGAAGGAGACUACAAAAGAAAAGGAAGCACCACCUCAAAACCCGGCACAGCAAGCUACACCAACGCCUCCGCCUCUUCCAACCCCAGCACCUAAUCCUCCUCCUCUACCGACGAAAUCCUCUAUGCCGAGGAAAAAUUCAGGACCGAUACCGCCACCUCCAAUGAUCCCUCUACCUCGACAACCAUUGCUCAGCACUCCGCCAUCCGGUCCACCAGGAAUGCCUAUGGGCGUUGGUCCUAUGAGAAAGCCGCCUACCCUUCCCGAUCACAGAGACAGAAGGCCAUCAAUGAUUGGUGCUCCUCCAUUCCGGGGAAACAUGUCAUCGAUACCAUUGCCUAAAGGGCCACCGCCACCUCAGGCUACUCCAUCUGGAGGUGGCACCUGGAUACGCCCGCCAUCGCACAUUCCUACGCAAAAUAUCCGGUAA